AUGGCUCUAUUUACGAAAUUGCGGACAGCCGUCGUCGUGAUGGCGAUUGCGACGGUGGCGUACGCCGACAGCCAUGCCGGAAUGAGCAUGGACGACAAGAGCAAGGAUGCAGACGAGCGGUUGGCAACACUAAGGAAAGGGCUGCAGCUGAAAUUCGUGCACUGGUUUAUAUCGGUUGCAUUUUUGGUCGUGACGCCUGCAUUUGGCGCGUGCUACGCCCUGGCAGACCGCUUCAGGCCCGCGGUGGGCAUCCAGGCGGUGGCAGGUGUGUAUUCCAUCGUGGAAGCCCUUGUGCUGCGGUUCCCAGACCCCCAGGGGCACGAAAAUCGGACUUCGCGCGGUACGGCGUGGUUCCUCAUGCUUUUUUACGCACUCGUGGUGGUGAACGGGGCCGUUUGUGAGGGGGCAAGCAUGGCAGCCAAGCUACGGGACUCGAGGAUUGGCAGGAUUGCCUCCAGACUCUCGCCAAUGUCCUACAAAGUGAUGUCUGUGCUACUUUGCGAGUGCGGCUUCCUCAAGGCCGGAAUGAACAUUAUCGCCAUGUUGGGCUUCUGCUACAACGACCAUACCGGCCAGUGCAACGCCCACGGCAUUAUGGGCAUGUCCUUCAUCGCGUAUGGCUUGUUCCUCGCGACAAUGGUUGUGAUUCCGUGGUUGCGUGUUAAUCGACACAGAUACUCGCAGGAAAUGUAUGAUUCGGCAAUGAUCACCGCCUGGGGUAUCGUGAACACAUUCACGGAACACCGGCCAUGGCAACCAUGGUCUCACCACGAUUACCAGCACACAAGUAUGGGGAUAAUCUUCUGGGCAUGCGGAAUGCUCGGCAUGUUUCUCUCCAGGCACCACAAGCGCAAUUUCAUGCCUGCUUUGACCUUGAUAUUCACCGGUUAUGCCAUGGGGCAGCAUUCCCAGCACACCAUGACCUCGGAAAAGCUCCACUCGUUCUUUGGGCUGGUGCUUAUGUUCGGCGGAGCGUCCCGGAUUGCCGAAAUAAGCUUCUUGUUGGGAGAUGCCGACUCCGACCCUUCCGGCCGCAUCCUCUCUUUCCAGUACAUGCCUCCCUUGGCACUUGUAUCUGCCGGGAUCCUGUUCAUGUGUGCAAACGAGGAGCAAGUCCAGCUUGUUAUUGACAUGGGUGCAGAUCAUGCUGCCUACAUUUUGAUCGCACUCAGUGCCUCCUGCCUCGUUCUUCUCUUUUUCAUUGCAAUGCUUGAAUUCUAUCUUUAUCUUCGUGGCUACAGCCCGGAGAGCAACCAGCCUUACAACACUUUGGGGGAUGGCGAUGACCUUGAGAGUCAGGAAAGCCCGGAUAUACAGUCCGGAGAUCCCCGGGACACCGAGUUCCAGCUUGAUGAUCUGUCGAGUCUGGAUGAGCAUUAG